AUGGAUGCGACGGCAACACCUGUCUUACCGUCUAGCGACGAAUAUCCAGAGAUUCCUAUUAUCGAUGAUAACGAGAGUCUUGCCGAGGUGAUUCGGAAACUAGGGAAUUACCUCAAUGUAGCUGUACCUGAUGUUGCAUGUACAUUUGAGCAGCUGAGAUCUUCUGCCUAUGGACUCAAGCUCCGACUCCUCAUAGGCUCUCUGGCCGAGAAUUCACACAAUCCUUGGAUUAUCUCUGCUUUGAUGAUCUUGAAAUGGCAGUUAAACAACGAAGACAACGACUCCGAUUGGGGGUUGAGCGAGACUCGGGGCUAUGCGUGUGAAUACGUCGCCUGGCAGUUUCUUUGUCACCUCACACGACGAGAGAUGAUAGAUGUACUGCUUGAGGAGCUUCCCUCUCCCAGACGAGACUCUACAACAAUCUCACAGGCCGAGCAAGGUGCAUCUGGACUUGGGUCAAUCUCCCAUGAAGAUGAAGGCAACGAGGCAGAAGGUGAAAGGACUCCGCUAUUGUUGAGCUCUUCCUCGUCCCUCUACCGAUUCUUUGUCGGCAAAAACCACCGAGGUGACUCUUACAAUCCGGGAUCCCGGGGCUCGUAUUAUGAUGAUCCCGAACUUCAUUCCUUAUCGCCCUUUUUUGGUCUCAACGCUCUGGAAAUCGCAACAAUCGCCCACGCUAAAAAGUUUCUCAGCCAGAAGCCUGUUCAAAGGGUGAUAGACGAUAUCUGGAACGGGGAGAUUGUUUUUUGGGACUCAUUAAGUGUACAUUCUAAGAAGAAGCCUCAGUUUUUCAACAAAAGGACUGCGGAUCCAUACUCGAGAUUACGAGUUCCAAGGUAUCGAAAAGCGUUUGAGGCCGCUUUUUUUGUUUCUUUCUUGUUUCUAUACUACACAGUCCUUGUUGAGAGAAAACCUACCGGCAUAGGCAUUUUCGAGACGUUGAUGUAUGUCUGGAUAGCUGCCUUUGCUUAUGAUGAACUGAGUGGCAUGGCCGACGCGGGGAUGCUCUUCUACCAGAUGGAUUUUUGGAGCCUCUGGAACUUGGGUAUCAUUGCCAUUGGGCUCGCCUUUGUUAUUGCGCGUAUCGUUGGACUGGUCAAGGAGAGCGAUUAUAUCACGGACUUAUCAUUCGACAUACUGUCAUUGGAGGCUUUGAUUUGCUCACUAGUGAGCUUGAACCCGUACUUUGGCAGCUUGAUACCUGUUUUGAAAGAGAUGACCAAAGCCUUUUUCAGGUUCCUUCCUGUGGUCGUCGUUUUGUACAUUGGGUUCCUGACGACAUUCACUAUGCUUGCCCGUGACCGACUGUCUCUGCGGCAAAUGUCAUGGAUUCUUGUGAAAGUAUUCUUUGGAUCGAGUGUCUUAGGAUUUGACAUCGCAUAUGAUAACCUCAUUCCACUUCUCUGCAUUCGGCCCCUAAGGCUGUUUCUGUCCGCCGGGCAUAUCCGUCGAGUUCGCAUCGUUCUUCUCCGGGCAACCCACCUUCCUUUUGUUGCCUUGAUCUGGGCUUUUGAGUCUAGCCGCCGUUAUGUCUCGCAACGACACAAUCAAUUUCCCCCUACUCAAGCGACUGGACAGCCCACCCCUUCCAUACAGGCUAACUUCCCUUUCUCCACGCACCACGCUCCGCUCCAUGGCUCCACAGUCCAUACUUCGCAGCUGGGUUGUGGGAAAUCCAAGGGGUCGACUAACGCGGCUCAGCAUCCGGAAGAAGCCCGCGGAGCGUGUGGACUGUCCCCAGGUGAGGCCGGGCGUAAUGACUUGGCGGAUAUGAUCGACGAGCUGGAACGAUUGCGCACCCAAGUGGACCGCGUGGCAGCUACAGUAGCUUUCCACCAACGAAAUCGACUGUGA